AUAUUUAUGUUGAUCACGGUAACCAACGUUGUGGUGAAGCACAGAUUAUGCUAUACAAGUAUUAUACUAACCUAAGUUUCAUGCUAACUAGCUUUAAUGCCGGUUUGGCUGUGAUGCUUGUGUAAAAUUAUUUGUUGAACGAAAUAAUUUUGUAACACUUCUAGGAAAUGAAUAUCAGAUGUGCAAGGCCAGAAGAUUUAAUGAAUAUGCAGCAUUGCAAUUUGCUCUGCUUGCCAGAAAACUACCAGAUGAAAUAUUACUUCUAUCAUGGUCUCUCUUGGCCACAGUUGAGUUAUGUGGCUGAAGAUGAGAGGGGAAAUAUAGUUGGAUAUGUUUUAGCUAAAAUGGAAGAAGAUAGUGAAGAUGACCCUCAUGGGCACAUUACAUCUCUUGCCGUGAAACGCUCCCAUAGGAGAUUGGGUUUAGCUCAAAAACUGAUGGAUCAAGCUUCUAGAUCAAUGGUAGAAUGCUUCAAUGCAAAGUAUGUAUCUCUUCAUGUACGCAAGAGCAACAGGGCAGCACUGAAUUUAUAUACAAACACAUUAAAAUUCACCAUCUCAGAAAUUGAACCCAAGUACUAUGCUGAUGGAGAGGAUGCCUAUGCUAUGAAGAGAGAUUUGGUUUCCUUUGCAUCUCAGAACAUUGCAAGACCAGAUUCCAGCAGCUGUCAUGAAAUAAAGUCUUCAGCUCAUGAAGUUGACAAAAAAGAUAAGAAAGAUUAGUCUUAUAACCCGGUGUUACGCAACCUUUCUACAUUUACGGCACACUAAAUACUGUCGAAGAGUCAUGGCGGCACACCAACCCCAUUUUGCAUAUCAUGGGGGGAGGUACAUGGUUUAUGGCAUUGAUUGGGUGUGACAACUUAUUAUAACUUGACCCCAACCAAAAAAUGUUCAUUAUUUGAAAUAAUUUAUUAACUAUGUGUAAACAUUUAAACUUAAACAUACUUAUUUAUAUGUGUAGAUUGCAGAAAAAUACAUACAGUGGCAACAAAAGUAAAGGGGAGGUAUACAUGUUUUGCUGCAAAGUGGUUGUGUUGCUUUCCAAUUCCAUUUGGUAGAUCUUGUCUGUCUUCAGUCACCCUGAUCAUAAUAAAGAAAAUGAAGACUGAGACAGAGCAGAAAACAAGGUUAACAAUUAUUUAUCUCAUAUGGUUAUAAUUAUAAUGAGGUGAAAAUUUCGUGACGCCCUUAUAUGACCUCCAUGGCACACUGGUUGUGCAUCACUGUUAUAACCCAUUCCAUCUGUAUUUUUAUUAUUUAUGAAGUCCAUCACUCUAUCAGGAGCAUAGGUUGUCUACAUAACAUUGUGUGUAUAACAUUAUUAAAAGUUGAGAAUCACAUGCUUCAUCAAAUACUCAUGCGUGUUCAUAUUAUUGUUAUGAAGUAGAUGAUUAAACUUAAUGUUCCAUUAACUAGGAGACACAAUUUAGCUUUCCUUGGAAUUGUGAUAUAUAAUACUACAACCUGAGUAAGGAGUGCAUAUUUUGUUGAGGACAUUUUUUCAUUGGUACAAGAGAAGACAAAGGGGAGCUCUAUGUACAGUCUGGCCAUGAAAGACUCAACACUGUUGUGUGCUGCCUUGUCACUUUUAGAUCUAUGCAAGCUUUGUAAUGUGUGUGCAUUUCAAUAAUUUGCUCAGAUUUAAUUACUUUCUGUGGCAAAUUAUUUUAUGGUCUAUACAUUUUUCUUUCCUAACUAUUGUAAUAUAAUGAAAUGUUUUUUUCUUGUUACUUAAGACUGUAUCCUAUGCAGCUUUUCAUGUGUUAACAAAUCAGAAGUUUGUGAAGCUGUCACGUGCAUACUUCAUUGGACAUGUGUUACAUGAAAUAAAAUUGUUUGAAUUUGUGAUGUUUAUAAUACAUCAUAUUUAUUGAUCUGUGGUA